AUGCCAGAACCAACAAUUCCCACAGUUGAUCUCUCACCUUUCUUCACAGAUGGUGAUGAAGCUGGUCGGAGAAAGGCCAAGGAGACAAUUUCUGAAGCAUGUGCCAACUACGGGUUCUUUCAAGUAGUUAACCAUGGUGUCCCACUCGAUCUGAUGAACCAAUCUAUGGAGCUGUCCAGGACGUUCUUUAAGUACUCUGAUGAGGUGAAAAGGGAGUCUAGUUCUGGCCCUGAUGCACCACUUCCCGCUGGCUACAACAAGCAGCCGAAACACUCACCUGAUAAGAACGAGUACGUGCUUAUGUUUCCACCCGAAUCACCAUACAAUGUUCUUCCUGCUAAUCCACCUCAUUUCAGGACAACAUUAGAAGAGAUGUUCAAGUAUUUUGUGAAGACGGGCCAAAUAUUGGAAGGCAUAAUUAGCGAGUGUUUAGGCCUCCCUCCAAAUUUUCUCCAGGAGUACAAUGGCGAUAGAAGCUGGGACUUCUUGGUGGCAUUGAGAUAUUUUCCGGCAUCUGAAACUGAGAACAAUGGCAUAACUGAACAUGAAGAUGGAAAUUUGAUCACCAUCGUCCUCCAGGAAGACAUUGGAGGUUUAGAGGUAUGCAAAAAUGGAGAAUGGAUUCCGGUUAUCCCCUCAGAGGGCACAUUGGUUGUUAAUUUAGGUGACGUUAUUCAGGUAUUGAGCAAUAAGAAAUUCAAAAGCGCCACGCAUAAAGUGGUAAGGCCGAAGGGAAGGAGCCGACAUUCGCAUGCAUUUUUCUAUAACUUGCACGGAGACAAGUGGGUGGAGCCGUUGCCCCAAUUUACUCAGGAGAUAGGAAUGAAACCCAGGUACAAGGGAUUUUAUCUGAAAGAGUAUCAGGCUUUAAGGUUGAGAAACAAGACUCACCCUCCAUCAAACCCUGAAGAUGUCAUCCGAAUCACAAACUAUGAAAUUUAG